AUGAGUUCCCUGGUAAUAAAUACAGUGGGUGAUGGCAAGAACGCAGGCUUUGACAUCAUCCAAAAUCGCAUAGAGACACUGAGCAGCAAGAUGGACAAGCUCAUCAAUAUUCAGGAAAAAGUCCUCAGCCGACUAGAUGGGAUGUCUCACGACAUUGACGACAUUGAGAAGGAUAUGGAGAAUUUGAAGGUCGACAAGGAGGAGAUCCAUCUCCCGCCCAGGGUAAUGAAUCAGACCCAAGUCAUGGGACGAGAGGUGGGGCAGAUUUGCCAGGAGAUGAGCUCCAUCAUGUCGGUGGUGAAUCAGCGGUCCGAGCAGCAGGCUCAGAAGCUGGAAGGAAUGGAAAAAUUGGUCCUCAGCAUGCAACAGGUGAUCAGCUUCAUCGGGGAGACGGUGAAACAUUCGAAGAUAAUGGAGCUGAUGCUCAAAGGCCCGACGGCUCAGAAGGGCUCGAGAUCAAAAGACAGUAAAGGGAAGCAAGCUAUAAAGAGGAAAUCAUCUUCAGAUACAGUAUCGAAAAAGCCUGACAAGAAAACUACCUCUAAUAAAGGGAAAAAAGGGAAACAAGAGAUAACGCCUGCAUGUGAGCCCAGUACUCUGCAGUCUUCUCCCAAGAUAAAGCUUCACGGACCAAAGCAUUUCCUCGCCUCUCGCAAAUGUGGAAACUUUCUGAAAGACCACAAAGGCAAAGAUGGGACAGAUACGCCCCGUUUGAGCCCUAAGGGUCUGAAAGCACAAAAGAAGAUGAAGCCUCCAGAUACAGCAGAACAUAUCUCACUGAAGAAGCAGAUUUUGCUCCUUGAGGAGGUUCAGAAACUCAACAGGGAGAACGCUGAGAAAUCAGGUCAGCAGAUCACCCUUGGUUUUCGGGAUCUAGAAGCUGGAGUGCCCCCUAAAGAUCAAGAACCCGAUGCCUCUGCCAGCAGCUUGGUGGACUACCUGCAAGAAGACUCCCAAGUGGAUAUUGCUGAGAAAAACGAGGAUGUUGAGGCAGUUACUGAGGAGGAAAGUGGAGAGAAGGUGCCUGAGGAUGUUACAGAGAAGGAGCUCAAGCCUAGUGUGGAGAAUCUAGGGAAGCAAAAAGAAGAAGAAAAGCUUGGAGUCCAAGAGGACAAAGAGGAAAAAGGUGUUUCUGCAGCUGAAGAAGACUCAGGUCUUUCUACCUCCCCUGACAAUAAGAAGGAAGCAACUCCAAUCAGAGAUGACCACAAAGAUGCAGCAUCAUCUCCUGAGGCUGAACAGGACACCAUAUCAGAGAGCCAGCUGCUGGAAAAGAAGGUGGAAGAGGAGGAAGAAAACAAAAAUAAGGAUGAGAAGAAGGUUGAGUCAGAGGGUUGGGGUGUCUUCAAGGCAGAUGGAAUUGAACUCCAGCUGAACCUGAAACAACAGGUGGAGAAGGAGAGAGAAAAAGAUGAUGCGGAAAAGGAGGAUGACGAUGGUCCUGAGCAGUACUUUAUCGACACCACUCCACCUCCAGUGGCUCCUUUUAAUCACCGCAUUGUGUCAGCCAAGCCCAACCUGAUUACAAACUUCUAUACCAUCAGCUGGCAGGAGAUCCUGGGCGGGGGUCGUUUUGGCCAGGUGCACAAAUGUGUGGAGAAUUCAUCCGGUCUCACUUUGGCAGCGAAAGUCAUCAAAGCCAGGAGUCAGAAAGAAAGGGAGGUCGUGAAGAAUGAGAUCCAAGUCAUGAAUAAUCUCGACCAUGCCAACCUGAUCAAGCUGUAUGCGGCCUAUGAGUCAAGGAAUGACAUCAUCCUUGUACUUGAAUACGUUGCCGGAGGCGAGCUGUUUGACAGGAUCAUUGAUGAAAACUACACUUUGAUGGAGUUGGAUGCUGUGCUGUUUAUCAGGCAGAUCUGCGAAGGCCUGCAGCACAUGCACAAAAUGUCCAUCCUGCAUCUCGACUUGAAGCCAGAAAACAUCCUGUGUGUGAGCAGAAUCACAAAUAAGGUCAAGAUCAUUGACUUUGGUCUUGCCAGGAUAUAUAAACCAAGGGAGAAACUUCGAGUGAAUUUUGGGACUCCAGAGUUUCUCGCUCCUGAAGUCAUCAACUAUGACUUUGUGUCAUUCAACACGGACAUGUGGAGCCUUGGUGUAAUUACAUAUAUGCUUCUGAGCGGUCUGUGUCCCUUCCUCGGCGAUGAUGACAAUGAGACUCUGAAUAACAUCUUGGCCUGUCAGUGGAACUUUGAGGAACAAGAGUUUGUAGAUACAUCAGAAGAAGCCAAAGACUUCAUCUCCAGACUCCUGAUUGUAAAUAAAAGUUGGAGGAUGGGGGCAUGUGAGGCUUUGAGGCAUCCUUGGCUUGCCGACCCUGCCCUUCAUCAUCGUCUUCACACAAAGAAAACUAUGUGCAGAUCACGGAGAUCAUCAUGUGUGCCCAAUACUGAAAGCUGAGGGUGCUACACUGAGGUGACGCUCCACCUGUGGCCACUUGGACCAACCCUUCUGUCCCUGUAAAUUACCUAAAUUUUAGUCAGUGUACUCAUGACACUGACUGAAAAUCUGUCUACACCGCAAACCUCUUCCUGACAUGUGAUCCACUGUGUUGUGUUAUUGUAAGCAACACCCUGAUGAAAUAUAUAAAGGAAAAUAGCUCAGUUUAGGUUUAACAGUAGCUAGUUCUGUGUGCUAAAUGCUGGUGAUGAUGUCACA